CGAGUGAAAUGAUGUGUAAAUUGGAAAUCCAAUGAUAAAACAAAAGCUAACAUACUAAAGCAAGUAUAAUCGCAAGUAAACGACAAGUGAACAAUACGAUAGUGAAAUAAAAAAUGGCCAAUCCGAGCAAGUUGAAUCCACACGACCGGCACGAUGAGUACGCAUCGGAGAGCUAUUUGCGCCGAAUAAAGGCCGAAAUCAGAAAGACAAAUAAACCAAUUAUGGAAAAGAAACGACGCGCCCGUAUCAACAAUUAUUUGAACGAUCUCAAGGGACUGUUGCUGGAUGCGAUGAAAAAGGAUCCGGUCCGUCAUUCCAAGCUGGAGAAGGCGGACAUACUCGACCUGACGGUGAAACAUCUGCAGGACAUUGAGCGACGCCGGCUCAACGUGGCAAUGGCCGUCGAUCCGACGGUACCGGAAAAGUUUGCCACCGGGUACCGGGAGUGUAUCGAUGAGAUUGGGAAGUACUUCGAUACGCUCGGUUCAGUGGACGAAGGGCUGAAGGCGCGCGUUCGAAAGCACCUGGAAAGUUGUCUCACCUUUCAACCGGGCAGAUCGUUUCCGGCUGGUUUGGGUGGUGGACAACACCCGUUCGGGUUUGCCGGGCUUCCACUACAGUCGCCGGACGAUAUCAACAACAACAGCAGCAGUGGCAAUGGGUUGCUAAAUCGCACCAUUGCCAACAACCUGUCGCUAAUGUUCCCGGCGGGUAUUCCUUUUCCCACCGGCGAUACGUCGUCGAUACCAUUCCAUCCGUUUCCUUUCUUUGGCCCGUUGCGUGGCGCGACCCUUUCGAACCCUGUCCAUCCGAGCGCUGGCAAAGAACCGACGGUCGUUCGACCACCUGGGAUCGAUACACGGGAAGAUAGACCACCGAGCGCCCUAACCGUACCGAGCCCACCGGCCAGCCCAACGAAUGGCGAUGGGACUGGGGACGGUACGACCCUUAAAACACCGAUGGGAAAAACUGGCACACUAAGCGAUCACAAGAUGGAACGACUUUUGUCCAUCUUUCCGACUCCUCCCUCGCCGGAAGAACAGCCUUGCCGAAGUCGGUUGGGGAAGUUGGGACAUCAUUUUAACAGUUCUCCCUUCGUGCCAACUAACGCUAUUCGAAUGGAAGAAACGCUGCAGGACGUUAGCAUGGAGAAGGUGGAAACACAAGAGGAGGAAGGAGAAACCAGCCAAGGCCAAGAGCGAAAGGAAAGUGCCGAUGAUGGAAAGGAUAAUCCGAACGGUGAAAUGUGGCGACCUUGGUAAGCGGUACGGACCGACGGCUGAAACUAAUUCUUCGACACGGUUACUCGUUCGUCGUUCGAUUUCAACGCAAAGCUUUAAGACAACCAACCCGAUGAAUGCUUUAACUAAACCAGUAAGAUAAGCUUUAAUACUAGCGUUACGGUAAGAAUGGUAACGAUCAGGAGGAAAUAUUUUCCCUCACAACAUAACAACAAAAA